GUGUGCUCUACAUUUACAAUCAAUGUUUGUUUUCGUAUACUUAGUAUUUUUACAAAUUCUCAGCAUAAAAUGCGUUUCCAUGUGCUGUGCAUUGUUUGGCUGAUCGAAAUGAACUAUUUUGAUACACUCGCAGCCAGGCCGAUUCCUAGAUCUACACAUUCACCCACAGGGCUAGAGCCGCCGCAGCUACCAAUCGAUGCGGGAGUAAAGGACGACGAGCCGAAGCCCGACUUAGAAAACACCAUGGGUGCAGGUGGCAUGGGAGGCUUGACAUUGCGCCGUUCUCGGCGUCAGCUUCCACCGCGUAUGCCUCGACGCAUACUCGCCGAGGACAGCAUUGGGAAACCAAAGCCAAGAGGCAAAGAACUCAGUAUACCCGUUCAGAUCAACUGCGGCACGCCGAAUAGGAAAAGGUUCAAGCUCAUUGAAGAGCUCUAUUGCGAGGCCCUGAGUCUCACCAAAAAUCAGGAGAUUGGCGUCCACUAUCGAAUUCAUAGAAUACCAACGUAGAUCUAU